AGACAUCGAGCACUUCUCGCUCGCAGUGGACGCGAUGGCCGAGCUGAACUACGCUCUCAUGCGCCAAGCCGUGCAGAUGGAAGAGGCCAAGCGCGCGCGGCAGCGGGAGCACGUCAAGAACAACUACCACCGGAAGCAGAACGUGAUUAAGGCGCUCCGCCAGGAGAUGCAGGGGCUGGAGCAUGAGUACUCGCGCACGCUCCAGCACAAGCAGCAGCUGCUGCAGUGGCGCGAGGUCGCGGAGGCUCUGGGCUGUGACGAGAGCCGCAAGCACUCGGACGACCUCGUGGAGCAGUACAUGCAGCUGUCCAUCAAGAAGGAGCGACUGCACCAAGAGAACCAAGAGCUGGCGCUCAUGGCGGCGCAGCACACCAAGCUGCACCUCAGGGCGGAGAACGUGCUGGCCUCGGACGGCCUCCCGCUGCUCAAACCGCCCGCGACGUCGUUAAACAGCAUGGCCUUCCAGCCGAUGACGGUUGCCGAGUGCCACCAAGUUGCCAUCGAAGCGUACCAAGAGAUCCGCGCGUUCCUGGAGAGCAACAACUACCUGACCAGCGGCCACGAGCUGUUUGGGUGGUCGGAGCAGCGACGCGAGGCACCGGACCACGUCAAGUUCACACUCAAGAAGCAGUUCAUGGGCACUACCCCGGCCGAAAUGUCGGCUCGCGCUUGGCGAGUGGUGUCGUCACCGCAAGGCCUCGCAGGCCUCUAUUCGUCAGCGAUGCGUGUGUCGCUCAAGACGCUCCAGCAGGUUGACGACCACAACGUGAUCAUGUACCGCGUGCUCCGGCCCGCUCGCACCAAGAAGAUGGUUCGAUCUCUGUUCCUAGUCUCUCA